UUUACAGAAACCGGGUUUAGGCGAUGUGUCACUCGCGUACUCGGCUGCGUCACGAAGGAGGAUUUUGAGGAAGAUUCAAUUUUAUUUAAGAAGAAGGAAGGAUGCUGCAGGAUGAAGAUUACGACUCAGACACGAGUGACGAAGAUUUUGUGCCGCAAGGUGUUGAGAGUGACGAUGAGCCAGUAAGUGGUGGAGAGGAGGAGGAGGAAGAUGAUUUAGAUGAAGAUGGGGAAGGAAAAUCAGCAGCAAAAGAUAAAAAGAAAAAAGGAAGGAAGAAAAAGGCCAAGAAACAGAACCCUCUUUUAGCACAUAUAGAAGACGAGGAGCAGAAUGUAGAAGAAAAAGAAACAACGCAAUAUGCAGUAAGCAAUGAGAAGGAUAAAAAGAAAGAGGAGAAUUUAUGGGCAGAUUUCCUUGCUGAUGUUGAAGAUAAACCCAGCCCUCCACCUAAACCAAAAGCUUCAAGUUGGGCAGCCCUAUUAGGGAAGAAGUCGUCGAGUAGUGCUAAUUCCACCUCUGGUAAUCCAGUUGCAGCUACAGUUAAGAAAGAAGAACCAAAGAAAGACGUGAAAAAAGAAAAUCAAGAUAAUGAACCAAGCACUGUAAAAAUUACAAAAGUGUUUGAAUUUGCUGGAGAAGAAGUAAGAAUAGAGAAAGAAGUAGAUGCCAAUUCAGCCGAGGCAAAAGCUGCAACUUUAACUCCAGAGAGCAGUACAACAGUUGACAAGAAAACUUCACCAGUUGGAGGCUUUGGAGGUGUGAAGCGACCUGCAGGAUUAUCCAACAUCAUAGGACUUCUGGAUAAUAAAAAGCAAAAGUUGACAACUUUAGAAAAGACCAAAUUAGACUGGAACAGCUUCAAAGCUGAAGAAGGGAUUGAUGAAGAACUGGAAAGUCACAAAAAGAGUAAGCAUGGAUAUUUAGAUAAACAAGCAUUUUUGGAAAGAGCAGAUAUAAGACAAUUUGAAAUCGAAAGAGCAAUGAGACAAAGUAAGAGAUCUAAUAGGUGAAAUUUUGAUGCAGAAGUGAGGCAGACAUUGCAAUUGAUACUUGGUCAUUGCAUAAUAUCUCAAGGUUUAAGUAUUUUAUAUGUUAAGUAUAUGAACAGUAUCAGCUUUGUGUACCUUCCCAAAGGAAGACGGGUAUGACUUUCAGACAGUGGUAUUAUCUCAGUUAGUUGUUUUGUACAUUAUGUAAUAUGAGCAUAAGGAAAGUCCGAUGGAAACCAUACCCGUAUGUUUUCUUUCUUGAUACAACUUGUUUAAAGGGAGAUGCUGUAUGGUGGUUUGUGAUGUCAGAAAUAUACUUUUUUUUACCCAAACGAAGCUGGCAUUUGCAUUAGUGAACUACAUUGUGUAUGGAAGAACUACACAUGACUAGAAGAGAUAAAGGUGAAACAUACAGGGCACAGAAUUUGUAAUGUGAAAUUAGUUUGAUUUGCAGCCAAUAAGUCACUGAGACAUUUGCGUAAAAAAAAAAUCUAGAAAGUGAGACAAACAGUAAGCAAAGUGCUAAAGUUUAACAUUUAGAUUUGUAAUUUUAUUGUCUAGUUUUUAAAAUGGAUGCAUGAGUCUAGAUAGAGUAGGCCCAUGAUCUCAGUUUUAUCAGUUAUAACAAGUGUUUAAGUGUUAGGAAGAUAGAUAGUUGAUUUGUGUUUUUCAUAUAACUCCAGAAAACCUUAAAACUUUCAUUUAAUUUUGUUAUAUUAAGUAUUUACUGUCCUUAGACUUAUAAUAUGUAGCUUUUCCUUUAGAAAAAAACAAACUGGAUUGGCAGUGGGUAUCAGAGAAGAAAUUUAUUUUCAGUGUCUGUAUAUUUGAAGAUUUGGAUAAUGAGAAAAUAAAAACAGCAGUCAAUCCAAACCUGGUAGGUUCUAGGUACAUCAACUAUCUUAACAAAAUAAUAAAUUUGAAACUUGUGAUUGAAUAAAAUACUCAAGACAAUGCUAAAGAAUUUUUAGAAGAGCUAACUGAAAAUAAAUCUAAAAUUACUUGCUCAUUUUAAAAUCAUUCAUUAUAAAUUCAAAAACUCAGUAUUGGAUAGUAUGGAGUCACAAAGAUUAAAUAUGAAUUAUAAUAAAUGUAAAAAGGAACAAUGAAUAUGAUCAUUGUAUUCUGCAAUAUACCUCUCCGUAGCUAGAUGUAUGAAUCCUCUAAAAGAAAUAAGGACAUUUGGACUUCAAUGACCAGUUCUGUGUUUGGAGUUUGUCAUAUUGUAUGUAUUUGAAAUAAUGCUUCUCAGAGGUAAGGCAGCAAAAAAGGAUUAUCAUCUUCCUGUAUUUUACAUAGUUGAAGAAAAGUGAUAUUUCUUCAUAUUGUACAAUUUUGUAAGCAUUAAGGAAGGCAAAAUGUACCACUUAGCUGAAUAUUGUAAUUUCACCAUUCCUAUUCUCAUGGAACAAAAUGUACAUGUAUUAUUUUUCAAUAAAAUAAGUUAGAAGUA